AUGUAUAGCGCCGCAUCGAGAGUCCUGAUGGGCCGCGCCGCCCGCGGCUUCCACACCACAUCGCGCCGCAUGACCGACGCUCCUCUGGUGGCCAAGAAGCCCAUGGGCGCAUUCCGGGGAGGUAUCUUUGGCUUCCUCCUCGGAUCCACUCUUGCCGGCACCAGCGUCUAUUCGUAUCUCGUGCAAGAGUACAAGACCUCCAACGACUUGCUUACCGAGGAUAUUUACACACUGCAAGCUUCCGUCACCCGAUUGACCAAUUACGUCAAGAAAAUUGAGCAAAUAGCCCAGGAAAAGAAGAAAUAA